AUGUCUGCCUCGUCUAUACACGCUGAUGCGCCGCCCAGCGUGGUGCGGGACCCAGAGGGUCUACAAUAUGAGACGGGCCCACACCUGGGCAAAGGUGGCUUCGCUAUCUGCCAUCGCGCGAAGCUGAUGGGGCACGACCAUCUCGGCAGCAGCACAGUCGCUUUGAAGAUCGUCAAGUCCAAGAUGGAACCGCCCAAGCUGGCUCAGAAGAUCCAUUCCAAACUAUCUCAUCCCAACAUCGUCGAGUUCUACCGCGCCUUCUCCUUCGAAACCAGCACCUAUGUUGUCCUUGAACUGUGCGAAAAUGGCUCGCUCGCCGACGCGAUCAAGAAGCGAAAAUAUUUCACCAUGCCCGAGAUCCGACGAUUCAUGAUCCAGACGUGCGGCGCUAUCAAGUACCUGCACCAGCGUAACAUUGUCCACCGAGACCUCAAGACCGGCAACCUCUUCUUGGACCGAGAUAUGAAUGUCAAGGUUGGCGACUUUGGCCUCGCCGCGCUGCUUGUGUCACAGAGUGACUACGGCGCGAUCCGAAGAACCACCAUGUGUGGCACACCAAAUUACCUGGCACCCGAGGUUCUUGAGAAGACAGGCAAAGGCCACGACGAGAAGGUGGACCUGUGGGCAAUAGGCAUCAUGAUGUACACACUUGCUGUUGGAAGGGCACCUUUUCAUGCUGCCAAGCGAGAGGACAUCUAUCGCAAGCUCAAGGCUUGCGACUACACAUGGCCAGACCUAGCCAAGUUUGCAAACGAGAUCACCGACGACCUACGAGACAUCGUGUCGUUGCUGCUCGUCCACGAAGACGAGCGACCCACCCCCGAUCAAAUCGUUGCCCAUCCAUUUUUCAAACUGGGCUUCAUCCCGCUCGAGCUGGAAAGUGCAUGCACCUCGAGGAUACCCAAGUGGUCCAAGAUCCGUCCCCCAACAGCAUCAACCAUCAAACGCGGGUACACCGAGGAGUGGUGGACAAUGUGCAAGGCGUCUGCGGUUGGAGAAUACGAGCCAGGAAAAUCUUUCGGAGCAUAUGGCAGCAGAAGAAAUAAGGCGGUGGCAAAGGAUUGUCAGAAGGAGAUCGAGGCGGGCAAGCAGCCCAACAUCCCUUUCGCCAAAGACUGCGUGUACGUGCCUUUCCCUGCACGCGUGCAAUGGCCACACCAGCCGACCGGAGGCUUGAGCGAGAUCUCAGAAGAGAAGGAGACGUCUUCCGAAGGUCCAGCCCUCACAGAAACUACCGCCAAUGAGCGGCCAAAGGGUCGACUGCCAAAGGUCUCGAGAAAAGAGCAGACGAUGCCUACAUUGAAAGAGAACGCUGAACCAGUCGAGGAACCCGAGGCCCCAAAGCGAAUGCUAGAUAAGCAACCAACUCGAUUACGGGCCAUACGCAAAAUCUCGAAUCCCGGCCGCAUGACAGCCGCGACCGCUAUAGCACCUGCUCCUCUACGUGUACCACGGGACUCCCGAACGACUACAAGAACACGCGUAGUCAAGGAGACUUCGAGAGCUACUGAGACAGGAUUGCCUGAUCUGCCACCUCUUAGAGUUGUAAAGACGACCGUUCGAGCGAGUGCGCAGCCAGAGCCACAAGUAGAGACAGAAGCAGCUUCGCAACAACAAACGACGCGAAGCGCACCGAGGAUCAGGACAACGAGUGCAGAAAUGCCCGCUACCGAUCCAGUAUCGGUAUUAGCACGAUUGCACGUCUUUCGCGACAAUCUGGCACGAGCCCUGGAAAAGAAGACAGUCAAAUCCAGACGAGAUCAGCCCCCACAUCUGCCAUUUGUUUCCAAGUGGGUGGACUACUCACGCAGGUACGGAGUUGGGUAUGUUUUGGAUGACGGCACAAUCGGAACGCUCUUGACAGCAGAAGAUAAAUACCCAGUCACGGCAGCAUUUGCCCUUGAUGGGUACACCCACUUGAGAAAUGCUGGCAAGAAUCGUGAACAAGCGAAGAACGUUGCGCUCAGCUUUUAUACGACUGUGAAGAAGGAUCGAGGAUUGACCCGUAUCGAAGUUCUCGACAAGCGACGCGUCGAGGAAGUAAGGACCGUGUGGCACAAAUUCGGACGAUACAUGUGCGCAUCUAUAUCGGACGAGGACGCGCCAUACAGGAGGGAUCCCAACCGGGCGAACUUCGUCAAGUUCUAUCAAAGACUCGGCAGCGUUGGCAUAUGGGGUUUCGAAGACGGCGCCUUCCAGGUCAACUUCCCGGACCAUACUAAGUUGGUGCUAUCAGCCGACGCUGCAUACGGUAAAUUUAUCUGCCUUCCGGUCGAGGCAGCUUUAAAGAUGGAGGACUAUGACAAGGGAAAAUCCGAGCACCUACCAUGGAAGUAUGUCAAGACACGCGCUGUCCUUAAAGCCUCUCUACAUAAGCUUCUGUAUGGAACUGUAGAUCAAGAGGACUACAAAGAGCAGACGGAGGCCAACCUUCUACGGGAAAAGAUCGAGUUCAUCCACAGUCUGGUGUCGGAAUGGUGUCAACAGGGCGGUCUAGGUUGUUUGGCAAAGCCUAGAGACCACGUCUGGGAGGGACCCCAGCUGGAGGAGACGAAGCGCCUUGACUGGGCGAGUGUUGGACGAUACGGUGGUGAUGUCUUCUCAUGA